AUGUCAUCGUCAGAGCUGUUGCCCCUUCCUUGGCUCAUCGAAGCGAGCACCUAUAAUGUGAAAAUUGGCAACGACACUGUCAUCACAACAGUUGCUGAUCGUGAAACUAUUGUCAACAGUAGCAUCUCGGAACUAAAGAGUGAAUUGAAGAGUACUCCAAAUCCAUUUGUUGGAAUUGAUGUGGUAAAUAAUGGAGAUUUAUUGCUGUUUCAUGUGAAAAAACGGUGCCUAAUAAUUCAAUUUAAGCGCAUGGUGGUCUUGGAUAAUCAAACUGAUAUCCCCCAGUCUCUUAAGGAGUUCCUGAAUGACCGAACUAUUACUUUUAUAGGUCCUAGAAACAUAAGCCAGAAAUCUACACUCUCAUAUGAUACUGCGAGAGUCUUAUAUGAUAUAAAUGGAGCUUCCAUCCACAGGAAAUUAGAACUUGGUAGAAUUGUGGAUGUUGGUUAUUUGGCUGGCAAGCUUUUGAAGAAGCCAAAGCUGCUGAGUAGUACACUAGAAGAGGUGAUGGCUGAAGCCAACGUUGAUAUUAAGAAGCCUGUCAUUAGUGAAGGCUCAAUACGUCCUAAUUGGCAAUCGUCUUCUGUUCUUUCGGAGGAGGAGGUCAAAUUGGCGAUGUAUGAAGUCCAUUCAUGCUAUCAAAUUGCAAGCAAGCUUAACGAUGCGACAAGUGCAGAACAACUCAAAGAUAAAAGAAGUAUCGUUAAGUAA